AUGGCUAUGAAAACUACAACAACGCCACACGAUCCCGCAAAAGAACUCCGAGAUCGAACCACAGAAAUUAUGUAUCUUUCGGCAAAGUUAAACCAUGCGAAGGAAACAUGUGUGAGCUUGGACAACGAAAGGCAGAAGUAUCGGGAAGUGACACGCCAAAUCAAAGAGAAAGAUAUCGAUCCAGUUUGGGUAUUCAAUGGUACAUGCUUCUUACAAACUAGCCAAGCAAAUAGUUUGAAGAUAUUGGAACAAGACACCAAAACAGUUGAGGAUUUCCGAGGAACGGUGGAAAAAGUUAUCAAGAUGUCUAAAGAUAUCAAAGAGUUUCUGUAUGCCUGGUUAGGUAAAAACAAACACCCAAAUCCUGUUUACGACACGAAGGCUGAAACAAGAGGCGGUCGCCAACAAUUCAAGUGUGAGCUUCGCGUUACGAGCUUCCCGUAUGUCGCGUUUGGAAACUCCAGUAAUAAGAAGGAUGCUGCUACCAAUGCUGCACGCGAUUUCUGCCUUUUCUUGGUUCGAGAAGGAGAAAUGAAAGAAAGCGAAAUACCAACUCUAACAACAAAGUGUUUGGAAACCUCGUCCACUUGGCAAGACACAAGCGCUUCUGAACCUGCGACAAUGUUUUGUGGAGGAGAAGACGGCAACUCUUACCAAGAGCCACAAGCUCAGCCUAAAAAGCCGAGAUAUCCAUGGAGCAAUGCUUAUCAGAGAGAAGAAGGAACCCACGAGGAGUACGUUACACAGAAAGCUGAAGAAAUUGCCGCGUCUGAAACUGUUGAUCACAAGUCAAGCUUCCAUGGAGGGUGGACUAUGGAAAACUCAAAGAAGGCUUUAAAUGAGUACACUCAAAAGAUGAGACUUCCCCAAAUCAACUAUGUCACAAAAAUCAAAGAAUCCAACACUGUCAAAACGAUGGAGACAACCGCUCAACUUUACGUACCUCAACUCAACAAAGGGCUGACUGGAAAAGGCAAUGGAUCGAACAAAAAGGUUUCGGAGGCGGCGUGUGCCAUGAACAUAGUCCGCCAAAUGUUCCAUCUGAAUAUCAUGCAAGCGUACAGUGGACCGACUAAAAAGAACAAAGUUAGUACACUGCCCGAGAUUGAUGUCAAUCUACCAGAAGAGCUGUCGACUCGUGUAAUCGAGUAUGUGAAAUCCAGUGGUCUCGAGCUUCCUGUAGUUGACGAAUCUGUGUCCUCAUCUGAAUCUCCGUCUACCCUUCUUACUGACGCCAAACUGGCCCAGUUCCCGAACUCCGAAGCUUGCACUGGUUCCAACAUCUCUUGGGCGCCGCCACUUCAAAACUGGAAUCCAUGGAGAGCGGCCAAUAUUGAUGAGCCGCCUCUUGCUUUCAUGAGCAUGGAACAAAUCAGUCAACGGAUUACAGAAAAGGAGGAAGCCAAACAAACAGGCUCACUGGACAGUGUCAAUGACCAACGGAAGGGACUUCCAGUUGCUCAGUUUAAGGAUCAAAUUAUUCAAACGGUCGCCAACAAUCGUGUUACAUUGAUCAAAGGAGAAACUGGAUGUGGAAAAAGUACUCAAGUGGCACAGUUUCUUCUCGAAAGCUUCAUUGAAACGAACAAAGCUGCUUAUUUCAAUGCUGUUGUAUCCCAACCACGUCGUAUUUCUGCAAUAUCUCUCGCUGAACGCGUUGCGAAUGAACGAGGAGAAGAUGUUGGAGAAACUUGUGGAUAUAAUGUUCGAUUCGACAGUGCUACUCCACGUCCCUAUGGAUCAAUCAUGUUUUGUACUGUCGGAGUGUUGCUUCGGAUGAUGGAAAACGGAUUGCGUGGAAUCUCUCAUGUAAUCAUUGAUGAGAUUCACGAGAGAGAUGUUGAUACUGACUUCGUUUUAAUUGUUCUUCGAGAUAUGAUCAACACCUACAAAGAUCUCCGUGUUGUUCUCAUGUCAGCCACCAUUGACACCAAUUUGUUCACAAAUUUCUUCGGAAGUGCCCCUGAUAUCGGACCGACGCCAGUGAUCACAAUGCACGGAAGAACUUUCCCGGUUCAAGCCUUUUUCCUGGAAGACAUCCUCCAUAAUCUUCGGUAUAUGCCUGACGAGCUUGAGCAAAGAAAACGGAAGAAAGGACCCGCAGCACCAGUGGAUGAUGACGAUGGAGAUGAGGAAGUUGAUGAUAAAGGUCGAAAUAUGAAUUUGUUGAAUGAUCCAUCUGCCAACGAAAAUUUGAAAACUGCCAUGUCUCGUAUUUCGGAGAAAGAUAUUCCGUACGGAGUCAUUGAAGCCAUUCUCACAGACAUUGCUUCUCGUGGAGUGGAUGGAGCUGUUCUGAUCUUUCUUCCUGGCUGGUCCGAAAUCAUGACACUCUGUAAUCGUCUUCAAGAACAUGAAGAGUUCGGACAAGCUAACAAGUACGAAGUGCUUCCUCUUCAUUCACAGUUGACGAGUCAGGAACAGAGGAAAGUAUUCAAUCAUUAUCCCGGAAAACGGAAAAUCAUAAUUUCCACGAACAUCGCGGAAACCAGUAUCACUAUCGAUGAUGUGGUCUAUGUUAUCGACUCUUGCAAAGCCAAGGAGAGAAUGUACACCUCAAACAAUAACAUGGUUCAUUUUGCAACAGUCUGGGCAUCGAGAACCAAUGUCAUCCAAAGAAGAGGCCGUGCUGGACGAGUUCGACCUGGAUAUGCUUUUCACCUAUGCAGCCAGAUGAGGUAUAAUUCUCUUGAAGAGCACGGAACUGCUGAAAUGCUUCGUAUUCCUCUCCACCAAAUUGCAUUAACUAUCAAACUCCUUCGUUUGGGUUCGGUUGGAGAGUUCCUUGGAAAAGCUUUAGAGCCACCGCCAUACGAUAUGGUCGUUGAAAGUGAAGCUAUUCUGCAAGCAAUGGGCGCUCUGGAUCGAAACCUCGAACUUACCAGUCUUGGAAAAAUGUUAGCUCGAAUGCCAAUCGAACCAGUUAUCGGUAAAGUGCUCAUUCUUGGAACUGCUCUCGGACUUGGUUCUGUUAUGUGUGAUGUGGCAGCAGCGAUGUCUUUUCCAACUCCAUUCGUUCCUCGCGAGAAGCACCAUAGUCGAUUGAGCGGAGUUCAAAGGAGAUUCGCUGGUACGAAAUUCUCCGAUCAUGUGUCACUGGUUUCCGUUUUCCAAAGCUAUCGUGAAGCGGCUGAGAUGGGAGCUGCAGCGGGAGAACGCGAAUUUUGUGAACGAAAUUCGCUGAGCAAUCCAGUUCUGAAAAUGACAGAAGGUGCAAGAAGGCAACUAAUAGAUGUUCUUCGCAAUCAGUGUUCCUUCCCUGAAGACAUACUGUAUGAUCACCAAGUCAAUGUGAUGGCUCAAGAUCGAGAACUAAACCUCAUGAGAUCUCUUCUCGUUAUGGCUCUCUAUCCAAACGUCGCCUACUAUACCGGAAAACGAAAUGUCCUGACAAUCGAGCAAUCUAAAGCUCUGAUUAAUAAAUACUCUAAUCUCGUUCCGAUGGCCAACCGACAAGAAUUGGAUUUCCCAAGUCCUCUCAUAGUUUUCACCGAAAAAGUUCGUACUCGGUGCAUUUCUUGCAAGGGAAUUUCAGUUAUCACUGCAAUACAGUUGCUUGUCUUCGGUAGCCGCAAAGUUGAGUGUAUUGGCGAAGGACUCAUUCGACUCGAUGAUAUGAUAACAAUUCGUAUGGAUGUGGCUACUGCUGUCGCUCUUGCUAAUCUUCGUCCGUGCAUAGAAGCUCUUCUUGUAAGAUCAUGCGAGAAUCCAGAAACACUAGCAGUGAUGAACGGCGGAGACGCGGAACUCCGUCAGCUACUUCGUGACAUAUCUUCCGAUGACUUUAUGUCACAAGCAGGUCCACUCAAAGACAGUCUGCUCACGGAUACUGCUCUAAUUCAAAAAGCGCCCGCACAACAGAACAACCAAAACAACUCGUAUUCGGACUGGGGAUCUAGCUAUUCAAACAGAUAUCAAAGCUACUCAGCAUCAGCUGCCGGGGGUAAGGCGAAGCACUCUUUCCGCGGUAACAGACGCGGCAGUCCUUACUAUGCUCAAAAUCGACCCCACCCUCCUCCCCAUUCUGGAAUGGGCUAUCAACAGUUCAACAACUCAGGUUAUGGUGGUGCCGCUGGUGGCGAUUGGCCAAGAAGCCCAUCUGGUGCUCCAAACAGCUACGGAUCGGGAGGAUUCAGAGGAAGACGCGGUGGUGGUGGUGGAAGAGGUCGUGGUGGUGGCAAUCGUGGAUGGAACGCAUCACAAUGGUGA